AUGAAUAAUUCAGAUUCAUGUUUAAAUAUAGAAUUUGAUAAGACAACGAGUCAAGGUUCAGAUUUUAUUAAAUUAUCAAUAUCAAAUAAAAGUUUAUAUGGUAGACUAAUUAAAAGAGCAUUGGUUGGUUCAGUUCCAAUUACAAUUUCAAAUGAAUUAUUAGAUAAAUCAUUAGGUGUAAUUAGUGAUUCUCACACAUCUCAAUCAUUUAUUGGUAUUAAUGUAUCAAUUUAUAAUAAAAAUGUAAUAAUUGAUCCAGAUUUCUCAUUACUUAUCAAUUCAAAUCCAUCGACAACAAAUGAUAAUGAAAAUUUAAAACAUAUAUAA